UUGAAAACAGAAAGUGAAAGUUUUGUCAACAAAGGAAGUGUGAUUCAAAUUUGUAUUUUGGUCUUUGUUAUCUGUUCUUGUAUGCGUGUUAUCAUUGAUUCGUAAUAAUCACGUUGUAUGUGUGAAAUCAUUGAUAAAAUUUAAUUUUACUCUGUGAAAAUAGUAGUACAGUAAUUAAUCAAAUGCGGAACAGUCAUUCGAGUUACCAUGGCGUAUACUUUUGUAGACAUAUCAGUUAUAUUAAUUUCGUUGAUUUUAGUCUCAGCAAGUUACGCAUUUUAUUUAAUAUACUACAAAAAGUGUGGCUUAUAUAGUAAUUCUAAAAAUGCAUUUGUUGUUUUUGAUGUAAUCAAGAUGUUAAAAAAGAUUUGCCCUGUUGGUACUAUGAAUGAAUGGCAGUUGUUUCCCUUAAAAUAUGGAAUGCACCGCUGCUGGAGGAAACAGGUUUUAAGUACUCCAAUGAGAAACAGUAUUGAUUUAUGUGGAUCAUGUGUUGUUCUUAACUGUUCCACAAUGAGUGUAGCAAAUGUUGUUCAGAGGUUUGGCAAACUUAUGCCAGUUGGCAAUAAUGGCUCUUUUGACUGGUGUGAUAUAAUAAUUGAUGUUCAAGAGAAUUCUGACUGGGUUGUGGUCAGAAGAUGUUCAUCUAGCAUCAAAAUAUCCAGUGGAUCACUGGUAUUUCUGAGCAAGAAGAAGUCUAAAAGGCCCAUGGACCCAGUACUAUAUCAUGGUUGGGUUCUAGGAGCUGCUAUGCAUAAUACAGCCGACUUGGCCAAAUUGUAA